AUGGCCAAUCGUGUCCCGUCAGAGGGCCACAGGCGAGGGACGUGGGGUCCGCGAAAGCCGUCCUUGGGCGGCCGUAGCGGUGGUGAAGGUCAUGCUGACGGUGCAAGUGAAGGUUGGAAGUCGGGACUUUCUGCUCCAGACUCCAGCCUGAUCGAGUGCCCGAUGUCGCACUGUAAGCCAGCCUCGCGUUCCUAUAUCUACCGGGUAGUCCUAGCGUGCCUACCUUCAGUAGGGCGCUCCCAGUUGCGGGCUCCAUGGAGGGGUGGAGUCAGCGAAAGCCGACGACACUCCUACGACCUGCGCGAACACCGCGCAUUCUGCCCCGUGGGCAAUGCGACAAAGGUCCAGGCAUGGCGAGAACCGUGCCGAAGACCAAACGUCAAAGCAGGAGGAAGGGACCAGGUACGGGUAAAACCAGUACCGACCCAAGCACCCGUGACGGUUCCGUCGGCGGCUCACCCCCUCGGCGGUCCUCACAUAACACAGCACACCGAGCAAAUUGCUCCACAUGCCGGCACCUCCGGGCCAUCUGCCUCCGUCAACGCGGAUACGGUAACCCGGACUGAGGACUACUUCUCCUCCGCAUGGCAGGUGCAAAAACGCAAGGGCAAGGGGAAACAAACUCCACAACCCCAACGCCCUAACCAAAACCAACAUGGCGUGAGCUCCAAGAAGAGGAAGAUCAACCCACGCCAGCGCAGGCGAGCGCGCAUGAACGCGAACGCCGCGCCCGACACACCAGCUCUACCCGCUGCCCCAACCUCCGGCCAGCCAUGCUUCUGUGCCGGUGGGCGUACACAGGCCCAGGCAGGCGAAAGCCGACCUGGACCGAGUGGUCGUCCGCCGGGCGCGGGGGCCGGCAGGCCGGUGAAGGAAGGGGACGAAACAAUAAGCCCUGCAGGUGAGGUACAGACAGCUGCCAAACGCGCUCUGAACGAGACACUUUCGCCCCGUGGGAAGCGCAAACGACAGUGCCUGGACCCGUCCAAGCGGGCCACUCCUCGGGUAAGCUACGCUCAAGCAACCAAGAAGUCCCUGUGCAUCGCAGUUACAUGCGGCCACACCGGGAUCCUAACAAAGGACGUAGCGGACACGAUACUGACGGGGAUACAGAAGACCAUCCUAAAGGAGGCAUGGUCCCCGAACAACAAACAACCGGGGCCAGCUUUUAAUGGUAAGCCGGUUUACACAGAAGGCGUCCUGAAGCUGUGGUGCUCCAACGACCACACUUUGACAUGGCUUCAAAAAACCAUCGCCGACUUGGCCCUUUCAACCGGCCACCAGCUGAUCAUCAAGAGCCAGUCGGAAAUUACACGAAGGAUCAGGUGUGGCAUCCUGAUCCCUAAUGAACAGGGGGCCAUCACCGACUCGCGAGACAUCGGGCGGAUUCUGGCAUACCAGAACCCGCAGAUCGCGGUCGACAGGUGGGUGCUCAAAGACAGGAGAAGCAGCAAGGCGCCAGCUUUGUGGUGGUGGGAAUCCCGGAGGAACAAAUCGCGACCCUGAUGAAGUCCGGGCGCCGCCUCGCCUUCGGGCUGGGUGCGGUGUACGUGAAAUUCCAGGGUCACAACGGCAAGUUUGCCGAUACUCCGCCGGGAUGGGACCCCGCCACUUUCACCAUCCAGAAACAGCCUGGCACAAGUACCACGACCAGCGAGGGCGCUGGCCCCACCGAGGGCCCUGCGGUGCCCGUACCCGCAACCGUCCCCUCACAGGACGACGACCCGGAAGAAGCCCUUCUGACGGGUUCAGACCUGGAGGGGGACGAAGUCGAGUCCGGGGACCUGCUGGCCGGGCUACAGCUUGGAGGAGACGAGGAGGGCGCAAUCUGCGAUGGCGUCCCCUUCUUCGUCGACAAUUAAAAUCCUCCAAGCAAACCUCCACCACAGCCAAACCGCGACGGCUCAGCUGCGCAAAUGGUUGGAGGUUCAACACACGGCCAUUGCCCUAAUCCAGGAGCCGUGGGUCAGGGCCGGCCAAAUCAGAGGACUCUCCAAUCUUGGAGAGACCAAUCUGCCAUCUCAAUACAGCAACCUGCUUUAAACAUGGAGAUCACCCUCGCCUCGGUAUACAUGCCCGAAGCAGAGGAGCCUCCUCCCUACGACCUCGCCCGCCUGGUGAAUCACUGCGAGAGA